AAAUUCCCGAAAAGACUUGGUUGUCUGCCCGCAGCAUGCCCAGCAAAAAGUGCACAGCAAACAGCUCACAUUGGAAAGACCAUGAGAUUGGUGAGACGAAAACGGAAACGACCCCAACUUCAAGGGCGAAGCAAUAGAAACUUCUUGUGGAUUUGCUGUGUGGUGGUGGCCAUUGGUGUGACCCUGUCGUUGGUAUCGUUCAUUCCGGUGUCAUCUAGAUUCAAUCCCUCUGACAUAUGGAAGAAGACUGGCAUCGAACUAGCAACAAGUGCCAAGAUGGUCUUUCACAGCACUGGAAUGGAAGCCAAUUGGGGUCUCACAACGGCUGCGCAGGAUUGGAGGAACUACGAUGCCAACCGCACCAUUGCCUUUAUCCACAUUGGGAAAGCUGGAGGCUUGACGGUUCGGAGUUCCACCGGUCUGGUCUGCCGGCCAAUGGGUGUUGGAAAAAAGAAAGAAAUUGAUGGUCAAAUUGUGAAAGUCGUCUUCAACCAAAGCGAGGAGCAAGUUGAAACUUGUGUCAACAAACGAUUCUAUAGCAAUUUGACACUGCCACGGCAAGUGAAAUACUACUUUCACAUGCAUGGACAUCGGCCCGAAGAACUGGCCAAAUCCACCAGCUUUCUGGUGGUUCUACGACACCCCGUCGAUCGACUCAUUUCGAGUUAUCGAUAUAGCCAUCCAGCCAAUUGCCGCGGAAAAUUGCGGAAAGGUCCCUUCAAGCCCUAUGGGUGCCAUAUCGAAGAAAGCUCCCAAACACGAGGAACGGCCGAUUAUCAAGUCCACAGACGAUGCUGGCCGUCGCCUGGAAUGGAAGAUUUUGCGCAGGCGGUGCUGUCUCCUUAUGCCGAAUUCAACACGAGCCAUCUUGCUAAUGAAACACUACAAUAUCAAAAGGAAUCUCCCAAAUUGUGUCGACGAAUGGCACAUCGCAUGGCACGGGGUUUAGGACCCAUUCAUCCCAAUCCACACAUGUUGUACAAUUACGAGUACUACAUGAAUCGCACCGUCCUCAAAUACCCGGACAAGGAAGUGUUUGGAAUUCGCACGGAACAUGAGUGGAAGGAUCUUGGGGAUUUGGACGUGGCCCUUGGUGGCGCGGGUGUCUUCAAAAGGGAAGGCAGUGCCAUUUCCCAUGGCAGCAAAUCCUAUUUUCCGUCACCGGUGUCCACAGCAGCAUACCAAAAGAUGUGCUGUGUACUGGAAAGGGAAAUUUUUUAUUAUCUGAAGCUCUUGUUCAAGGUCAAAAACUUGGAUGACGAUGUCAAACAAAAAGGAUUGGAGAAAGUCCGGACUUCUUGUGGUAUUGGCUCGCAAUCUCUGGACGAAUGGAGAACACAGUGUCAAGCCAGAAUAGAACAAGAUCGACCCCUCUGGGAAGUCAAGACGCCGCCCAAGCAAAAUAGGACCGCAAUGCAACAAAAUCGAAGGAACAGAACAGUACCAGAACUAAUUCACACUGACAUGUUUCGGCCGCGGGACAGGACAGCACCAGAACUGCGGUUGCGCACCCAGCUGCAGGGGAAACGACUGCCCCAGAACGCAACACGGCCUCGGCGCAAAAGGCGGCCACAGGGACCAGACGAUGGUCCUACAUUAUACAUAUUCAACGAAACGGCAGAUCCUGAGGGCUACAAAGCCAGGCUUCGGCAGCAUAUGAAGACAUCUGGAGUCCAAGCCUACUUUACCGGGGAUGCUCCAACACGUGAGGCAAAAAAAGCUCAAUUGUUGGACAGGUUGCACAAGAUGGGAGUGCACCCCGACAACCUUGACGGUCUAAAAGCAGCGUCGAAACGUGACCAAACUUGAUUGUGAACUCUCGUUGUCGCUGUGUACGCUACUUGCCUCCAGGUUGUGUUCUAGCUAGGGAUUUGGGAGUUGGUGACCUGUUUCAGUAAAUUUACUUUUAAAAUCGAGUCACUCUUUGCU